AUGACCGAGCAGAUGCAGAAGCUGAAUCUGUCCCCUCCCAGGAGAAACUACGGCCCACCAUCUCCGAAUGCUGCCAAGCGUCUGUAUCGCAAUCUCUCAGACCGCUUCAAACGGAGCCACUCAUCCUUCGAUGAUCCAUUGAUGUGCCCAAAGAUGGGGAAGGAGAGACUGAAGACGUUAUCCUGGAGUUGCCAGUGUAAUAAGGUGAUAUUUGAGGCUGUCGAGCAGCAGGAUCUCGAUACUGUGCAGUUGUUGCUCCGUCAGUACAGUGUUCAAGAGCUGGAUCUCAACGCUCCCAAUCGAGACGGCCUAACUCCAUUGGACAUCGCUAUCAUGACCAAUCAGGUGGCUAUUGCUCAGAGCCUCCUGAGGGCUGGAGCCAAUGAGAACCCACACUUUGUUAGUGUGGAGACCAGAGUCAGACACCUGACUAACCUCAUCCAGCAGACAGAGGGGCUUUUGAAUGACCUGUCCUCUGAGACACUGAGCAACACACUCAGCCAUGGCAGUGCAGAGAAACAGAAACAACGUGGAGUCUGGGAAUCAAGAUACAAGCUGUACAAACAAAUGAAAGCACAGGUUGAAACUGCAACGGUCCCUGGUCCUCCCAUUAAUGUCUGUCUCACUGUGACGAGCAGUACCUCACUGACAGUCACAUUCCAGGAGCCGCUGAGUGUGAACUCUGCUCUGAUCACCGGAUACAAAGUGGAAUGGAGCUGUUUGAUGGAUUUCUCAGUAGACUGUGGGGAGCUCAUACUGGAGGGUGUCAGCACUCUGAGAUGUACAAUCACAGGACUCAGGACGGGUCAAGUUUACUACGUCCGAGUGUCAGCUGCCAAUAUGAAGGGCUGGGGAUGCCCACAGGCUGCCAGGCCAGCCUUUGCUAUCCCAUCCAAUUGGAAAGAGCUUGAUGGAAAGGAGCCGAGGUUCAGGGAUCAAACGCAGCAGCUGGAACUCUUGCGGAAACGUGUGCGAGCGGAACAUGAGAAUUACAACAACAAAGAAAGCAUGAAGUUCCAGAAUUCCUGCCGAAAGCCGUCAGUGUCACGAAGUCUGAAACAUCUCUUUCAUUCCUCCAGCAAGUUUGUGAAAACAUUAAAAAGAGGAAUGUACAUAGCUGUCAUCUUCCACCACAAGGGCAAUGUCCUGGUCACAAAUGAAGAUCAGAUCCCAAUGAUGGAAAUAGACGAUUCCUGUUCUGGAUUGUUGAUGCAGGACUUCCUCUGGUUCUCAAAGCUAUCUUGCUCAUGGGAAGAGGUCAGAUGGUUGCAACAGAAUCUAGCCAUUUCCACAUCACCCUCCUCAGGUCUGCAAUCAAGGCACAAGAUGCUGAACGCAGCAGCUCAGUUACAGACAUUGCUUGGCACCCAGAACCUGGGCAGAGUUUAUUAUGAGCCCAUCAAGGAUCGACACGGGAAUGUGCUGUUGGUGACAGUGCGGGAGCUCGAGACUCAGUGCUCCUUCGUCGCUGGCAAGUGGAUACAAAUCGCCAAGUUUCAGAACCAAAGGAAGUCAAUGUCCAUUCUCGAGGAGCCAACAGCACUUGAUGUGUUACUCAUAACAAUCCAGGAUGUGCUGUCCUAUUCCAAGAGGAGUCAAAGGGGACUGAGCCCUGGGCUAUAUUUAGGUUAUUUGAAGCUGUGCAGUUCCGUGGAUCAGAUCAAGGUGCUGGUCCCAUCCAGGAUGCCCAACAUGCUCUGCCACAUGAAGGUGUGUGACAACAGCAAUGUUUCCAGAGAGGACUGGGAGUGGAUGAAGCGGCUGUCGGAACAGGAGGUGCCCAGUGCUGGGGAAAAGCCCCCACUUUUCUUCGAGCUGCAGGCAGCUGUGAGAGCCUUGUUCAAACACAUCGAGCUCCCCCUGCACCAGGUGCAACGGUUCCGUGUCUACACUCAAGAGGUGCUGGAAUUCAGUCACGACAUUGCCUUCCUCCUAUUGCUGCCAUCCUCUGACUCGGUCUGUGCUGCUCCUGGACAAGGCAAUCUCUUUCACCACCGCAGCAACUUUCUCUACCUCCCACUGCAGAUGUUUGAAAUCGUUCACUUUAGCUGCUACAGGGAAAGAUUCAUGAACCUGUACUGCCACGUGUCAACAUUACUGGAGUUAGACUCACUCAUUUCCCAACAAGCUUUACGAGAGGCAAUUUCAGAUGAGGAACUGCAAUCUGCAAAAAAGAGGCACAAAGAGGUGUUAGAAUCAGUGCAGCAACUGGAUGCGAUUUGGAGAAGUGUGCGCUGGAUUCCAGAUGCAUUGCAUUGUGCGCGCUACAAGCAUUCAUCUGGAGGCAUCCCCAUCACAUGGUUCAUCCCAGAGGAAGCUGCUCAGGAGAAGAAGAAUUCCACCUCUUCCCACAUGGAUGAUCUGCCCUCCCCAUCACCCUCACCAGAGAACCUGCGGAGAAAAGCUCCGAGCGGCUCCCAGCCCUGCUCCGAUGAUGACGCCUGCUCUGAGGUAUUCCUUCCCAACGACAGUGACUAUGAUUCCAGUGACCCCCUGAGUCCGCGGGAGUUGGAUCUGCUGCAGUGUCCCCCUGCUCCGUUGAGGAACUCGGGUGGUUGCUGGUUGAGCGGCAGUGCCCCAGAUGUCCUCCAGGCGGAUGAGCUGCGACCAAAAGGCGACUGUGAGGAUCCAAGCAGCUUCCGAGGAGUGAGUGAGCCUGGCGCAGACAACGGCCAGGACCUGACUAUGGGAGCUGUCAGCAAGGUCAACACAACUGUGCCAACAAACUCCCAAUCCUUGAGUAAGACUCAGCCCAGAAUGCCUCGGUAUCAGAAAUAUCGCCACUUUAACCAGAACAGGUGGCUGUGUUUCCACGAAGACCCCCAGUCUGUGAGCCUGUCUCUGGGAGUCUAUACACACAGACAGGAGGCUGAGCUAUCCUUCUCGAAAUCACCCUGUCUAGCCCAGGAUCUGAGUGUUGCUAAAAGCACCAAAGGCAGCUUUGAGGAGUCCAAGUCGAGUGUCGGUGGAAUCAUUAUGGACGUGAGUCAGAAAAGCAGCUCCCAGGAAGAGUCGAGCUCGUUGUCAUUGAGUAUCUGCAGCCAUCAGUCGCAGAGUGCUGAGGUUAACUCCACCGAUGGCACAACCCUGGAGACUGACUGUGACGAAUUAUGUGACACUCAGAGCUCAGAUAUAGUCAGCAGUGUUCUGUAGGGAGUUACUGCACACAAGACAAUAAGCAGACACAUUGCCUGUGGGUUACUGACCCUGAUAGACCCAGAAUGUUUAUUAGCAUGGGAUUGGCUAGAAUUGGUCUGAAGACACUGGCUGAUGAUGGUGGGACAGGGAGUUACAUUGGGAGAGGAGGGGAGGGGGAAAUCUCAGUCAGUGUCCUCACCUCUUCAUGACUUGUGUGUGGACAUUGGGAAAGAGUAGGUUCAGCCCCCACUGUGAUUUUUCCACAGCCUCUACCUGGGCUGAAGCUCCAUUGAGAGUCAGUGCCUUCAGGAUGGAAUGGAGUGUGUGGAGUGGGUGGAAUGUGGGCAGUACAGGGGAAACAGUGGAGACAGAGGAACAAGCAAAAGAGUUGUAGAUCAAUGUUUUGCUGGAAUUUGAAACUGGCUAUGAUCAUUAUUGAGUGAUUGUCCAAUGUGUGAGCAGGGACUGCUGCUUUGCUCGUUUUUAUCUGACAGAGAUUCUACACUUUGCCAAUCGCUGACAGAGCUCAGUCAUCAGCAGGUGGAGUGUGCCCAUCACUGUCAGGCUGAGAAUAUCAUCUGUGCAGGAGACUUGAAAUCAGUCCAUAUUCUGGUCAGUCAGCAGUUUGUGGACUGAACACACUGACCCUGUAUGGACUAUUCCUGACACCAUUUCCUUUUGUCACCUGCUCUGCCAUUUCCUACCCAUAAUCUAUUUUUGCACCAAGUGUUAGCAGGGAAUAUUUUUCAGGAAUUUGAGUUGCAGAAUCUGCCUGGGAUUUGAGAAAUUCCAGUUUGUUCCAGCUGUUUAGGGGAAGCUGGGUAAAGAAAUAAUGAGGGAUGUUCAAUCAAUUCAUUGCUUAUUUGGGCAAAGACGUGUUUGGGAAUAAAUACGGGGGAUUAUGAUAAGGGGAAUCUUGCUUAUUCUUUAUCCAGGUGUACCUUAGAAUCAUCCAGCACAGAGAAUGUCAUUCAGCCCAUCAUGUCUCUCUCACCAAUCAAAUUAGAAAGAGCAGUCUGCUCAGUCUCAAUUACCAGUCCUUUGCCCAGAGCCCUGCACAUUUCUUUGCAUCAAGAAUUUCUCCAAUUUCCACUGCCCCUUCAGACAGUGUGUUCCUGAUCACAAGAACUUGCUGAGUCUACAAAGAAACCAAACAUCUCCUCCUUGUUUACCUUUGAUCUGAAUUCUCUGCUUACCAACCCUCCUGGUCUUGGAAACGCCUUUUCCUUAUUUUCUCUCCAGCAAAACCUUUUUUAAGAUUUUGAACAAGCUAAUGUCCUGCGACCCCUGUCUGUUCAAAAGAGAAACAUCAAAUGUAGCCUUUCCUUCCAAAUUUCUCCCAUUUCGCAAAGCAAUAGGGAGUAGCUUAAAGAAAUGUCUAGGCUUUUGUGUUUUAAUCCUGUGCUUGAUGCUGAAUUAUUUGCACUAAUGAGUGUUUGGUGAAGUGAUGGAUUUCUGGGAACUCCGCAAUAUCAGGUUCUUGAAGAGAAAGCUUCACCAACAGCCCAAACACUGGACUGACAGAAAGGGAUCAGCAAGCACAACUUCAAAGGAAAAAUAAAGACCUGACCUUUCUCAGCCACUUUUGAUCCCUACAAUUCUUUAAACUGCAGGCUGUUAUGUGUUUACACUGAAAGGGAACAUAUUAAUGUUUGUGGCUCUGGUGUGUAUGUCUGUGAUUUCUUACAAUGCUGCUGUGUGACAAUGUUUGUAAAAAGGACAGAGAAAAUGUCAAGGAACCUGUCAGUUCUGUGAAGAAUUUCAAUUCCUGUACAACUGGCUUUGAUCAGUCACCAGAAACACUUUAUAAACACCAAGGUGUCA